UGACACCGGCCUUGCGCUGGACAGAGCGCACAUGAUCCUCUGGCUCAUGGAACUCGUUUCCAAGAUUGCAUGGUUCGAAAUGCCAUGGACGUACAUGCACGCCAGCCUGACCACUGCGCUCCACGAACUCCGUCACUUCUCCUUUUUCUUGCGCAUCGAGGCGUCGUCGAUAGCUUCGUCGAUCGACCGACGCGUCGUGCCAGCCGGCUUUCGAUCAUGGCGUGCGCUAACCGUCUCUGAUUGGCUGCUCGAGUUUCGACGGGCCAAUCAAAGCGCAUUAUUCAACAUCUUGGACUGGAGACAUUUCCUGGAUCGAGUUGACAGGUUCCAUCAUCGAAUCCAUCUAUUUUAUUGAUUGCAUUUAAACUCAGUACGGAUGAUGUAUGAAAUAUAAUAUUCG